AUGUUGUUCCUGUGCGUUCUCCUUUUUGCGACGUCAUCUCUGGCAGCCAGCUUGAAUGAUUAUGAUGUUGGUAACAGGACCAAACGAGGUAGGUGACUCAAAUUUAAAAUUAAUCUGUUGCUCCAACAGCAGAAUUCCUUGUCAAUGCAGUUUUUACCCUCCAUGACACCACACCGCUCGGCGCGGUACGGGGCCACCGCAGGAUCUGGUCAAGUAGUAAAAUUCGACUUUUUUGAUAGGCUCCUUUCAAACGACGUAGAUAUGUGAGGGAGGAACGCGAGAUCUGGUUCAUGUACAAGAUAAGAGCCUACCAAGCUGAACAGGGGCGAAUUGCGCGGAUUCACAUUUUCUGAUUCAACUUUCACCUCAACCCGUGUGCAAGAAUGAGAUCAGUUUUUCUGAAACCGCAGAAUGAUAAACGGCCCACCAGGCAAUGUAAACCAUUUGAAAGGACAGCUAGGAGUGAUACUCCUUGCUUUUCUUAGCUAAUUUUUUACUGCCCCACUCGCGUCUUUACCUAAUUCUCUUCUCCUUUCCUUUGAUCUUGAAGCUUCUAGGGAAUACGAAAUGUUUGAAGGUGAUCUAUGGCUACCGAAAGAACAAAUUGAAGCAGCUAAGAAUGGCAUGGACCCUACAAAUGUCGGAGGAGUUCGAGGGCUGUCUCGAAACAGGCAAUGGCCUGGUGGAAUAGUUUAUUACACUAUAAGCACAAGUAAGUGAGAACUCCUAUUACCUGAAGAUAUAAAGUGUUAAGGCCGCCACGUACAUGCAGUAGAGUAGAGCGAUAGAGCUCGCCCCCGGGUAAUAAAAUUGAAACCAAGACACUCUUGGAUUGUGAAUUCCACGCUUCGCGGAUUCCAGAUUUUUUUUGAGAGGAAUUGGUUUAUUAGGAUUCCAGUCGUUAGCGGGAUCCAGAUUCCUUGAGUUCAGUGUAUUGCAGAUUCCAAAGUCCAAGAUUCCGAAUUACACAGGAAAAUUGCGGAAUCCGGAUUCCCUUACAAUAUUAUGGGGCGAGUGGAGCGCCUGGUUGAUUUUUUUUUUUUUUAAUCCCGAUCACCAUCAAGGCAAUUUAAGACAUCAAACAAGACUCGCAUUCGUUUUCUGAUGGAAUGUGCUAAUUGAAGUAGUUAGUAGCUUUUACUUCUUUGAAAUUCUCAAAUCAGAGAACAAGAAUCAAAAAGUUUUUGUGCUAAAUUUUCGGGGACAGAUCGAGACUCCUUGUUCAUCACUGAAUUGAACGUAAAUUGUGCCGAAAGCUUUCUUCAUCGUUUCUUUGGAAUAGCACUCAAGUGUAUUAUAUUGCAUUCAGCGCAAUUGUUUUUCUUUAAGCAUUAGGCCAUUAACUAGUUUAGUUACUUUGCUUUUAUUUCAGAAAGGCCAUUUAAGAUCCACUAUAUCAACAACGCAAUCAAGAAUUGGGAAGAGAAGACAUGCCUAAGGUUUAGAAAGAGAACGACUCAAAGGGACUACAUUGACUUCGUAAUUGAGCAGUUUUCGGGGUAAGGAGUAAUGAAUCAGGGGACAAGAGCCGAUUUUCUGGAGCGGCCCUUAUUUCUGCUGUAACCUUGACUCAGCCAUUUCCCGUUUUGAUCUAAUUCUUCAUGAGAAAUGAUUUGAUCAACAUGUCGCGAGCAUGGGACAAAGAAAAAGAUCUGAGUCCCCGACAGGAAUUGAACCUACGACCUCGAGCUGGGCCACAUACAAGGUUCAUGUAUAACAUGCCUCCUGCGUACUGCUAGGAUCAGCAAUGUCGAAAUCGUCAUGUGUCAGGAUAAUUUCAUGUAAAAAAAAAACCUGUUUCGGCUGCUGAAAUAGAGGUAGUUAGACAUAAUUAACACCUCAAGUCCGAAGAGUGACCCACAUCAAUUUUCCGAGGAGUGUAAAUACACCUUUGUGCAAUCUUAAAUGUCUUUUUUUAGCCAACCGACGGAAAAAUAUCUGGUCUUCAUUUUUGCAGGUGUUAUAGUCGAGGCGUUGGCCGUGUUGGCGGAAGGCAAGUCAUUAACCUCGGUUUUUCCUGCAUAGGAUUGCAUGUUGCAGUUCACGAGAUUGGUCACGCCAUUGGUAAGUAAACGUUGUACGAGGGACACUCAACGACGGGUUCCUCCUCAAUACAUUGAAAACACUUUUUAGGCUAUCCAGAGCACUUUUAGAUAUCUACAAGUGCAUGCAUUCUAAGCGGCGCUAUGAAAUUUGUAUCUUUUCGGUCAUCCCAGGGGAACUUGAGUCUUUUUCGAAAUACCAAGGGCUGGAUCCGAAAAUAUUUGGUUUUCUUUCUUCUACGAAAAAUAACGUGACCCGAGGAGUGAAAUGUGAAAAAUCAAACUCCAGAAAAUCGUAGGGAAUUUAUUAGAUGAGCUUUGAAAAUUUUACAUGAAUGGAACUGUCAUCUAGGAGUAAUUAGCCCUCCUCCAGGAAUAAAAAGUUCUAAGCAAAAUUUGCGUCUCAGAACAGAUAUUUUACAGAAAACAGUCGUUGGGUGCCCCGGAAUUUCUACUAACAACUACGAAUGUUAAUAAUGGCUUUUUAUAUGAGCAAUCGUAUCAGGUGAUUUGUAUCUCAACAUACAAUAGUGACGAUAUUUCGGGGAGCGCUCCCUAUUGUGGCUUAUGCGAGAAGGCUCCUCCCAAAUGUGGUACCUUUUUCAGGAUUCAGGAAUAUGAGCUAAUAUGAAAAGUUAAGGAUUUGACGAGUUGUAGUAUACAACUGAAAGGAUCCAACAGAUGUAGCUUAUGGCUGUAGCAUUUAAUUCCUUUAACCCAACAUGAAAAUAAGUGUUAGUAGGUAUGUGUGCGAGCAGCAUUUUUCAGUGGGAGGUGUACAAAAGGGAAUGCGCCUAUUCUGUCAGAAAUGGUGUGUAAAAGGGUACGGGUUGGAUCUUGGGGCGGAACCUCCACGGGUAAAACCUUGCUGAGUUGACCUCUCGGACGAUAUUUGCUGCGAAGAUUUUGCUCAAAAAUAGCAGGAGAAAAAGAAAAGAAUAAUUCAUGCGAUUACAGCCGUAAAGUUUCAGUAAUCAGUGCCAACAAUUAUUUUUAGCGGCUUGGUUGUGAGAAAUAACCGGUCUACCUGCUCCCAUACAGCUGCAUGCUCAUAAUUCCAACUUGAAAACUUCUUAAUGUCAAUAAUACUGAAGAUUUUAUCGUGUGUAAAUGAAUUAAGUAUGUAAAUAAGUUAUUAAACAAACAACAACCAAAAUCUGACGUGUCAUUGCAUUUACAGGAUUCUGGCACGAACAAAGUCGCCCAGACCGUGAUGAAUACGUAGAGGUACUUUGGAACAACAUCAUUGAAAGUAAGUGGAACUUGGACUUAGAUACAAGCUAAAAUCAGAGCUAAAGCAAUUUUUUCCAAACAAAACAUGUUCUAUGAAGACAUAUUUUUUCUUAACAAAACAUAUUUUAUAAGCAGGUCGAGACUGAAAACAGUCACGAAUACUGUCACUUUGUUCCACUUAAGAAGGAGCAUUCCAUUUGCUAUAGCUCAAGUGCUCAAGACCAAUUCUUACCUGGCCACCAUCUUUGCAAUAUAUAAAAACAGAGGCCCUGAUAGGCUCCUGAUAUAUAAUGAAUAUGAAAAAGAAAGGGUUUACAUAACAAAAAAGAAUUUAACCUAUCGUCUUGCCGCCCGAGACUUCAUGUGAAAAAUCGCUGUAUGGAUUUAAAAGUCGUACAGAAACCUCUUAAAUUCUUUUCAAUUGUCCUUUUUUAUCAAUUUUAGUUGUUAUCUCCUUUAUUGAUAUAUCCCUUAAUCAUUUUAAAUCAUCCCACUGGUUAGCCUAUUGCCUAAUUAAUCUUCUCAAAAAUACAUAGGCAAAAAAAGCAAUUUCAACAAAUACUCCACGUGGUCCAUCGACAGUUUAGGCGUCCCGUAUGACUACGAAUCCGUGAUGCACUAUGGACGAUUUGAUUUCAGCAAAUAUGUUUUUCUGCCCACCUUAAGAGCCAAGAAGCCUGGAAAAAAGAUAAGCCCCAGUAGACGGCUUAGUCCGCUGGACGCGAAACAGGCGAAUCUAUAUUACAAGUGCAACAAGUGAAGGUAGUAAGUAUUACAGUGAAACCUCUAUUAAGCGAACCUUUUCCACCUGAAUUAACGAUCAACAAUCAACGGUUACUCUGUACUUUGAUAAAGUUGCAUGUUGUUAAAGAAGCUAUCCACAGUUCAGGUUCAUUGCCUUUCAUUACCAACUUAAAUUUGUUUGUAAAUGCAAAAAAAAAUUCGAGGAUGCAAUUCAACUCAUCAGUCUCAGGCGCUAAAACACACACUUCAAGGGGAAUCAGAAAUCUACCUACCCUCCUCCACUUAUACCCUAAAAAUGAUCUCCUAUAUGUUACACGCACGGUACAAACUUUCUACCCUGUACAAAUAAAGAAAUAGACUGUAUCAUUUUUUUUUUCUUUUUAGGUCUGCUUAAACUGAUCAAGAAUACCUGUACGCAAAUGGUGUUUGGAAUAUUGAAGAAUAAAGAUAUUAAUUGA